AUGAAUUGUGAUUAUAACCCACUAAAAAAAUAAUAUUUGAGAUGCUUAGAUUAUAUUUUUAGGUGUGAUUACCCUAAUGAAUUUCCAAGUAUCAUCUAAACUGUAAUCUAAAGCAUUAGUGUAUUUGAGGAUUAGAAAUUACUCACAGGGUUACAGGUACUCCAUGUUUUAUUUAAAAGUAUAGAUUUUAAUGGCAAAGAAUAUAAGAUAAAAAGAUAAUUGUCAAAUGAAAUUGCUUUGUAAACUUUUGACAUUCUGGGAAAUGUAAUGAACAAUAUUAUGAAUAUUAUUAAUACAGAGUAAACUAAUGCUCAUAAGAAGGAGGUUUCAGAGUAUUUUCUAAAUCAUUAAAAAUUAGAUCAAUGGAUGACCAUUUUUAAGACAUUGAUAGAUUAGCCAUUAUCAACUGAAAUCACUCAGUUUACAGAAGAUACUGAAAAGAUUGAAGAAAAUGAGCAAAAAAUAGAGUGGAAAAUUAAAAGCAUUUGCUCAUUUAUCACCUUUAAACUAUUCUAUACCUAUCAGAAAUCUUGGCUAUUAGCUAACAGAAUGGUGGAAUUAAGCGAUUUGCUCUAUCAAAAGUAUGCUAUAGGAUUUCUUGAAUCACAUCUGAAAAUACUUUACAGCAAGCCAACAUAAUUUAUUUCAAGGAAAACGUUUAUGUUUAGUGCAUAAUUUGUUGCACUCUGUCUAAAGCAUACACCCACUUUGGAUCUCUUAAUACCACAAAUUGAGAAAUUACUUGUUGAAGUUUUAGUGAAAUCAUGUCUUUUAUCCUAAAAAGAAUACAUCAUGUUAAAUGAUGAUCCUGUAGAAUUUAUAAGAUAUACUGAACAGUCUCAUGAGGAAGAAACUUUAAAAAUUUGUUGA